CAGCUCUUACCGUCGGGAUUCUCAUUGCCUCACCGUAGCUAUUACGACCGUAUGCCCAACAACCCGGUGGAGCAAGCAUACAAACAGUACAUCAAGGACACUGUCAAACUCUUCGACGCAAGUGGACCCGACGCAGUGGAGUUUGCCGCCCACCUGUUCCACUACGAGAGCAGGAUCGCCGAAAUCACGCCCUCAGAGAGAAUCCUGAAGGAUCCCUUGGCUUCGAACCAUCUCAUCUCCAUCGGCGAACUCUCGCAGAUUGCCAGAAGCGUCCCAUGGCUAGACCUCCUGCGUCACAUCUUUCCCAACAGUAAACUGGACCACAGAACAGACGUGUUGGUUGUGUCACGUGACUACUUCAGCGAUCUCUCAGAACUUAUCUCGACAACGGACAGGAGUUUGUUGAACAACUACCUUAUCUUCAGCUUCGUGACAGCCUUCAUGCCCUAUUUGUCUGCGGAAAACAGGAGGGUUCUGGAUCUCUAUCACAGGGAAUUUACAGGCCGCCAGGAACCGAUGGAACGAUGGGAAUUCUGCAUUCAGUCGACGUCAAAGUUCUUCAGCUUCGGCCUCGGGUCCUUGUACGAGCGCUCGCCCUCAAGAACUCGAGCCCGACAGCGCAAUGAAGAAGUUAUUCAACACAUUUUUGGCCAAAUCCGCAACACUUUGGCCACAAAUCUGGUGAACAGCCGCUGGUACCCACUCGAAGUGAAGGCUCAGCUAACAGCAAAGCUGAACAACAUGACAAUAGCAGUUGGAUACCCUGACCGUCUGCUUGACCUUAAUGUAAUCAAUGCCUAUUACGAAGACUACACCAUUUUCAUUAAGGAUUUCUUCCAGAAUUUGCAGGAUUCAAUACGAAAUGCCAGAAGGCAGCUGGAACUGAAGCUGAUAGACCCCAUGCCAGAGUCUUCGUGGAUGCAUGCUCUCACUGGGGAAACCAUCACCUAUAUCCAUGAGGCGAAUAAGAUAGUUAUCCCGCCUCAUCUCCUCAACCCACCUCUCUUCCAUCGCAAUUAUCCCAGGUCAAUGCUCUAUGGAAGCAUGGGAGUACAGAUUGCAAGAGAGAUUUUACGGUCUGUCGACUCAAUUGGGCUGGCAUGGAAUAGUAGAGGGCAGCUUGUAAACCGUUCAGUGUAUACAAACAGGUCAAUGGAUAACCUGCUAAGCAUGGCAGGCUGUGUUGCCGCAGCCACUAUGGAACUCUCCAUAGAAACUGAUGCCGUUGUCGAUAGAACUUCCCUUGAUACAGCUGCUGAGGUUGAUGCUGUACGGCAGACUUACCAGGCAUACCUGUCUCUGAUGCAAAAUGAGCCUCAGCCACAGCAUCCAAGUUUUGAAAGCAUGAAUACCACAAAUAUCUUCUUCAUGUCAUAUGCAGGGAGUUUAUGUUCAGACACAGCAAUGCAGCAAGAGGACAUAGAGCGGACAUGUAACCCAUCACUGAUGAAUAAACCUAGGUUGGAGGCAGUGUUGUCUCAGCUCAAGGAAUUCAGCCAAGCAUUCUCGUGUCCGAAGACUUCCCGUCAUUACCCUAGCCACUUGUGUCCCCAACUGCACUGACCUCUACAGUACCUCUAUCUUAAGCCCUCGUCACUUUAGAUUUCAGGAGAGUCGAAAGGUCUGGGGAUGCGUUUAGUAAUUACCUAUUUCAUACAAGUUAUUUUGAAGAUUUUUUUGAACUACUAUGAAAGGUCCACAUAUGGAUGGUUUGUGACAUAUUGUUAUUCUUCAACAAGGAAGUAACAAGUAUAGCAUUAUGUGUAUUCUUUUGCUGUAUUUAUAUUUUAGAUAUACAGUUGCCUUGUGAGAAAGGUUGGGGUAUAUAGAUGAUUGGGGCUUAAGGUAAUUACUGAACCUUUUUCUAGACCUUUCUGUUGUGUUCAGAGAGUGCCUGCUUAAGAAGUCAGGAUUUUGUAUGUAACCUGAGAGAAAAAAAA